CCAAGGAUGUAUUCAGCUGACUAGCUCAAGAUAACUCAAGCCCACCUUUAGAAUUCAAUCGAUCCGUCAUAUUUUAUUUAACUGGGCUAGUCAAUUAAGAACAAAUUCUUAUUUACAAUGACGGCCUACGCAGGACAAACCCGGACGAUUCUGGGCCAAUUGUGCGCCGCCCUAUGGGACUCCCAAUCACGACCGGAUGUGAUACAGCCCGGAUUCAAACCAGCGACGCCACUUGCACUGAGAUGCAGUGCCUUAGACCUCUGUGCGUCUGGGGCGCAGGAAAUAUUAAAUGUCUGUUGUUGAUUACUCAUGUUGUUGGCUGAGGAAAUAUUAAAUGUGGACAAUUUUUCAUUAUUUUCAAAAUUAACAUUACCAAAGGUGCAAGAGCCCCACCUGGCUCUAAUUUGGAUCAUAAGUGCAGGGUCUAGGAACUGGCCCAAUUCAACCAUGAGUCACUCAUGACAUGCAGAACUUUGGGGUGGAGACUCGCAUGUCUCAAUGAGAGAAGAUUUUAAAUGUACAAGAUGGCGGCGUACACAUUCUUGAUUACUUCAUGGAGCAAAAAAAAUAUUUAAUUUAAUAGAGGAUUUUUUAAAUGAACCAUCUGCAACUAGCAAUGUGUCGUCUUCCAUGGCGGGAAUUUAGGAAGUAUCGACAUGUAAAGAAUGUCAUGAAGAUUGCCUCUUUAAAUUUGGGACAUAAUACAUCAAUUGACAAUGGCAUAAAGAGCAGUGAUGCCAGUGUACAGCGGUUUGACAAGAGUCUGGAAGAGUUUUAUGCCCUGUGCGAUCAGCUGGAGCUCUGCUUACGGCUUGCCUACGAGUGCUUAUCCCAGAGCAUUGACAGUGCCAAGCACUCUCCUAACUUGGUCCCAACAGCCACCAAGCCUGACACCGUACAGACCGAGUCCCUGUCCUACUCACAGUACCUCAGCAUGAUCAAGUCACAGAUCUCCUGCGCCAAAGACAUUCACAACGCUCUAUUGGAGUGCUCCAAGAAAAUUGCAGGAAAGGGCCAGCAGCAAGGAAUCCUGUAGAAAUGGGCAUUCCAUUAUACUAUCACAUGGUUGUUAUUUUUCUAAAGUUUUGUAUUUUUUGUAUUGAUUGAUAAGGACAUACACAGUUUAAUAAUUGUUUAAGGGAUGCCCCUCUUCAAUUUUCUUCCCCUCCAAAGUCAGAAAAGUAGCAAACAAAAUGUCCUCAAGCAUCAAGUAAUGAGAUUCACAACUUUCUUGGAUUAUGGAAAAGGUACUGUGCCUCAGAUCCAGCCAGUCAUGUUUUCAACAACACUAUCCCACUGUUGACACCAAUGAAGUCUUGACGAGGUCACUAGGCGUUGAACUAAGGUUGCUAUAGUAUUUUUACAAUCUGGUCCUCUUUCUUAUUUUGUUCCUCGAGCUUCUUUAAAAAAAUCAAAUCAAAAUCAAUUGAAAUAACACUUGCAACUGCAAUCCGCAAAGAUGAAACAACCACGUCCAUUUGUCAAUAACUUCGUUGUUGUAAUAUCGCAAACACAUUUUUCCCCCUCGGACAGAAGAGCACGACAAUAUGUACUGCUUUUUUUACCAUGCUGCUCCACGCUUCUGAGCUCGGCCACAUAACGAGGUGGCACCCUUUCCCGCUACUGUAGCCCAAAUGAUCAGACUCAUUCAUUUCUCUCUCGAGUCGGGAUGGUGCUAUGCCAGAACGCGGGCCGUUGUUGUCAGCAUGCUAGGCUAGCUAAUGCUAUAGCAGCCCAUUGGAUUCCAUUAAAACACGACUGCUAGCGUUGGGAGGAAUUCAACAACACAACCGAAGUGUUGUUGAAACCAAUGAGUUGAUAUACCUUUAGCUAACCUAGCACGACGACAAGGGGCAGUUAAAUACACAAUUAGCUAUAUUUCAAUAUUCUUGAUUCGCCAUUCAUAUUUUCGGGAUAUUUAGUACAGCGAAACAUUCCAUCUCUGGAUUGAGGAACAUUUUCCCAACCGUAUAGCGUGCCGGGCUCGGGUGGUCAUUCUGGCACUGCACCGUUCAGAAUUCAAGAGCGAAAACUAACGAGUUGGAUCAUUUUGACUACCGCUACUACGGAGUUCAGCUUUAAUCAAGUUUGCAUGCCCUAACGUGUAAUAAGUGAUUUGUUACAAGUAGAGCACAUUACCAAAUGACCACCAGAGAGGGGUGACCAAGUCAUGAGUACCAAUGCUGUCCAAGAGCAGCUACUAUUCAACCAAAUUGCAAAACCUUUGUGGCAGAGUAGCUUUGUCUUAAUUAUAAUAAACAAUUUUCACUCA